CGCUCAUCAUCAUAUUAUUGUUUCGUUUGCAUUUGCUCAAUUUUAGCUAAAAUCGACAACAAAUUAAAUAAAUCAAAUGAAGUAUGCUACAUAUAAGUAAUAAAUAUUUAAUAAACGAGCAAUAAACGACAAAUCAUCAAAAUGCUACAUUCUCGCUUAAUGCACAAAAGGAGAAACAAAAACAAAUAUUGACAUAACACGUCAACGUUUGCGGCGAGAAUUUGACGACGACGAAAGUAAAAGCGAAAACUAUACACAAAUUUUAUACGGGUUCCAAAAACGAUAAGUAUGUGUUAUGGCAGCAGCAACAACAACAACAGCAACAAAAACAACAUUGGACAAUGAGGAGAGGAAACAAUUUGUGACUUCCAAUGGCAAUAACUCCAUAAAUGCGCCCAGCUGGCAAUCCUGCUAUUAUUGUACACGCGAGAAUUUCAAAAACAUUGGCGAGUUUGUCACGCAUCUUCGGAAUCGUCAUUGUACGCGGGAGGGAGGCUCCUUUGUGUGUCGCUAUGGUUUCAAUGGUGUGUGCGCCUCGUUGCCGCUGGACGGUGUCUCGGAUCGCGACUAUGAUGCACAUGUGGCCAAGUACCAUGUGAAUCAGCUGACGCGGGAGCUGCCGCCGGAAUGGGGCGUCUAUUCGGCGGCACAGAAUCUGCCGGCGGUGCUCAACGAUCCGCAGCGCGGCAAGCAGAGUAAUCUCUUUACUAAAAAAUGGGGCGAGCAUUUUGUGGAGCGUGUACACACUCCGGGUAAUCCCCGACUGCCGGACAUUACACAUGCCGAUUUUGCUGUCUACCUGGGCAGCAUCGGGAAACGUUAUCGCUGGCACGAGCGUCGUCAGCAACAGCAGCUGCAGCAACAACAGACGCCGAUAACAGCAACAGGGAAUCCCACAACAACACCUGAGCAUUUAAGUGCCGUGCCCGUGCCGGAGAUCUUUCUGAAAUCCCAGCUCCAGCUUCAUCAUGCUGCAACCUUUGCCCAAGUCUUUCCCAGCUACAUGCAAUCGGAAGCCAGCUCCAAGCUGGAGCGUCAGCAGACGGGUAGACAGCUGCAGGAGCAGCUCUCCCAUUAUCUGGACAUUGUGGAGGUGAGGAUAGCACAACAGGUGUCCCAGAAAUCGGCGGCCUUCUUUCAUGCCAUGACCACACAGCAUGCGAUUCUCGCCGAGAUGCAAGAGGCGGCAGAGCAAGUGCGUCAACUGCGCUCCGCUCUCGCCCAGCUGCAUGGCAGCGCCGUUGUGGACAGCUUCCGGGUGAUGCGUUUUGCGCAGCGGCGACAGCAUUAUGUGACAACGCUGGACAAGCUGCGCUUAAUGGCCACCGUGCACAAGACACAGCCCAUGCUGCAGCUGCUCCUGGGCACACAGGAUUAUGUGGCCGCCUUGGAUUUGAUCAGUACCACGCAGGAGAUUCUGGCAGCGGAACUCCUGGGUGUGCAUUGUUUCAAGCAUUUGCCCAUGCAGCUGGGUGAGAUGGAGAAGCUCAUCGAUAAGAUGCUGACCACCGAAUUUGAGCGUUAUGCGGCCACGGAUCUGAAUCGUCCACUGCUGGAUGGGCAGCUGGAGACGGACAGCGUGUGUGCGGAGGAGGACAAACUGGUGGCCAUUGUGAUGGGACUGCUACGCAAGCAGAACUUCAGUUUUGUGCAGAGCUAUCAACAGGAGGCCAUUGCCACGAUACGAGCGAUCAUCAAGCAGCUGCUCAUCGAGCUCCUGUCCCGUGGCGAUCACGAACUCUGUCUAACGGGUGCCGGCGAGCAAUCGCUGGAAUUGACGCUAACCGAGUGGCUGGCCAUGUUGCAGCGUGCCAGCCAUGCCCUGGGCGCCGUUCUCGAGCGGAUCAAGGCCGUCGUCUCGAUCAUGCAGCAAACGGCUGACGCGGCAGCCGGCGGCAGCAGUCCCCAGGAGCACACUGUGAAUCUGAUCGACUCGGAGGCCUUUCUCAGUGCGGCACAUCAUGAGCAGCUCAGUGCCCAGCUGCAGCAGCUGCUCCAGGCCGUCUGUCAUUAUUGCCACGAGCGCUGUGCGAACAUUGUGUCCCCCCAGAGCCUGGAACGCUGUGCCGCCAGCGAACAGGAGCUGCUGCAGCUCUCCCAGAUUGUCGAGGAGUUUAGCGAGACGACGCUGAGCAUUUGUAAUGCGAGCAGUGUGCCGCUCCAGCUGGCGCUCAAGGUGCAGGCCUCACGCUAUGCACAACGCUUCCAUGCGGAGCACAAACAGAAGCUGGCGCUGCUGCUCGAUCAGGAACGCUGGCGUCAAGUGGACAUACCUCAGGAAUUCCAGCGCAUUAUCGAUCGCAUGACGGCUGGAGAUUAUGCCAAGCAGGCGCCACUCGACACGAACCAUUUGAGCCUCAAUGGAAACGGAGGAGGUGGCGGAGGCGGAGGCGUCGGCGUCAUUGGCAAUCCCGUGCUGCUGGUGGAGGGAAAACAACCCUUUGUCCUGGUAAGCGUGGCAUUGCUCCUCAUCCAAAUGCUGUACGAGUAUGGAGGCAGUGCCCAGAGAUUGCCACUGCUCGCCAGCUAUCAUGCAAGGAAUGUGGUGGAUCUGUUGCGUUGCUUCAACUCCCGCAGUUGCCAGCUCAUCAUUGGAGCGGGCGCAAUGCGUGUGGCGGGAUUAAAGACCAUCACCAGCACCAACUUGGCCUUGGUUUCCCGUGCUCUGCAGUUGGUCCUGUAUUUGCUGCCGCGACUGAGGGAACACUUUGAGAGCAUGAGCGGAUACGAGGCCAUCGAGCGCGAUUAUCAGGGUCACAUCAAGGAGAUCGAGCACAAGAUCCAUGGCAUUGUCUCGGAGCGCGUGACGGCACAGCUGGAGGCAUGGGAUGCUCGUCCGCCAAUACCAUCGCAAACCUUCAGGCACAUCUCGAGGCAUUUGGUCAAAUUGCAUGAGGCAAUUGCGGGUGUGCUGCCAGAGAUGCAAAUCCAUGAGAUCUAUGGCGUAGUGCAUCGCAAUUUCAAGGAUAAACUGCGGGAACAGCUGCUUAAGCUCAACAUCUACAACAAUGGGGGACCACAACAUGGAGUGGUCACCUCUGAGUUGACCUUCUAUAUGGAAACAUUGCGUACGCUUAAAGCGCUGCCGCCUUCCCAACUGGACAAUGGCAUCCUGGAGCACAUCUGGCUUUACUGAGUGCGGUAUUAUUCCAAUUGCAAAUUGGAUUUUCGAAAUUCAUUUUUAGCAAUCCAAAUAGUUUUCUUAGUCUCUGUUGUCCCGUCCCCGUGUCCUUGUUUUUAUUUCCUAAUUUUAUUAUUUAUCUAAGCGUAUGAAAUUUGUACUUUUGCAAUUGUAUAUUAUAAGUAGUUAUUAUGUUAAUCCUUUGUUGAACUUUAUUAACAACUAAGACAAUUGAUUAAAUGCGACAACAUA